AUGAGAAAGGACGAGCGAAUUAUCAUCAUCGGCGCCGGAGUCUUCGGGCUCUCCACAGCACUCAAACUCGCCCAGGACGGGUAUACAUCCGUGACGGUCCUCGACCGAUGCAUGCCCCCUGUGCCUGAUGGGAGCAGCAAUGAUAUCUCCCGCGUUAUCCGAUUCGACUACGGGGAUCCGAUAUAUGCACGCAUCGCUAAGGAGGCUUACGACCUAUGGAAGACGCCAGAGUACUCGGAGGCGUUCCACCAGACCCCAUGCUUAUGGGUGUCGCAGGAGGGAACACCAGAGCAACCGGUUCAAUCACGCGCUGCAGAAUACAGCCGUAAGACAAGACGGGUUCUGACGGAAAUGGGGCAGGAAUGGCACGCGGUCCCCAAUGUCGAGGAGGCAAGGAAGCGGUUCCCGGCGCUGAGUGGCAGAUUGGCGACACUAGGGUUCGAUGGUUUCUACAACACUAACGCUGGCUGGGCGGAUGCUGGCCUUGCUGUGCAGAGACUGGCAGGGAGAUAUGUGGCUGCUGGAGUGAAUUUCAUUACUGGCUCGAGCGGCCACGUUGUCGACUUUGAGUAUACUCCAACCGGCGAGAUCACCGCGGUGAAGACGAAGAAUGGCAAUCGAAUUGAGGGCGACAAGUUCGUCGCGGCGACCGGCGCCUGGACGGCCAGUCUCAUCCCGUCUUGGAAUUCCAUGGUAGCAGCAGGACAGGUGGUUGGAUAUGUUCGACUGACCCCGGAGGAUAUUGUCGCGUUGAAGGACUUGCCCAUCUACUUCAACUUCUCGACCGGCUUCUUCUGCUUCCCUGUACAUCCAGGAACAGGGUAUCUGAAAGUCGCAGUGCACGGAUUCGGAUAUACGUUUCCACAUCCAAAAGCCGUCUCAGCACCACCGGAUUCUGCGGUAUCCAGCAGAGCGAACUUCGUUCCUGCCGAUGGGAUGCAACGACUCACUGCCGGUUUGCGGGGCAUCCUACCUCAUCUGGCGUCUCGAGGCUUCGAGCGAGUGGGACUGUGCUGGUAUAACGACACACCGGCGGGGGAUUUCAUCUGUGACUAUCACCCAGACCACAAGAAUCUGUUCAUCGCCACUGGUGGCAGCGGGCAUGCAUUCAAAUUCCUCCCCGUACUCGGCAAAUACAUUGUUGGCAGCUUGGAACGAAAGCUUCCAGACGAAUUACUUGAGAAGUGGAAAUUCCCGACUCAGUUUCGUGAGAAAUUCCAAAAUGAUGCUUUCUUGGGAGACGGUAGUCGUGGAGGUCCCGAGCGGCGCGAAUUGAAAGAUGAAGAGCGGCAGGCGUAUAAUGCUGCCAUGACCACUGAACGGGUAAGGAGGAGUAAGAUUUGA